UUUUAAUUUUAUUAAGUGUUUAGUAUCGUUUCAAGGAUUUUAGUUCCUUUUAGUAGUCACUGGAAGAAGUAACCGCGACCACCAUGUUUGUCACAAUCAAGAAAAAACCGUUUAACAUUUUGGGCAACAACCAUAAUAUCAUAGAAGCACUAAGUCGAACAAAUUUCUUUAGAAGAUUCAGUGGAAUAUCAGUAUUUACUUUGAAACUUUCCGCAGACAACCGCGUCAUCAGGGGAUUCAGUAAAUUUGGAUUUACAUGCUUCUUAACAUGGUUAUCCCUCUAUAUUUAUUGUACUUACAGAGCUCAUGCUGAAGAUCAGACUGUCCUGCGAGUCUUAUUCACCACGAAAGUACAACGUUACGGCGAUGACUAUGAGAGAAUAUCCUCAACCAUAUUCGUCAUCUUCGCCUUUUGGAAGAUACCCUUCAGAUUGAAUAUCAACAACGGCUUUAUGGGUAUGGUUGUAAAAGUGGAUAAAGCAUUAGAAGAACUGGGAGCGACUGUGAAUUAUAAUUUCGAUGCAUUGUUAGCCCUCUCUAUGUCAAUUUCGCAAACAUUACUCUGCGUAACACGGUUGCUUAGUGUCUGGUUAACACUAAGACACUUAGGCGUGCCUGUACCGUCAGAGAAGAUGUUCCAAGUGAUAUUAUCCGAUUCUCUAGCGCUCAUUGCUACAGCACAUUUUAGCUUCUUUCUCACAGUUUUGAGAUGCAGAUUUCGGCACAUGAAUAAAAUCCUGCAGGAUAUUAAAAACCACAAAUCUUGGGAACACAAAUUGUUUAUUCGAGGCAGUAUGUUUUCUAAUCCCCAAAAAGCAGUCAGUCUUCAAGACAAAUUUAUAUGCGAGAAAAUUAAAGCAUGUGCGAAUAUCCACGGUAUGCUGUACAAAAUGACUGAUUUAACCAAUAAAGUAUUCGGUUCUAUACUGAUGGUUACAAUUUUAAUAUACCAAACUUACACUAUUUGGUUCAUGUUUUCCUUCAUGGAAGCUACGGCUGCCGGUUUGUUCCACGAUGUGGAAAGAUACGUUGUAUUUUGCAUCAAUGUAUUUUGGGAAAUUGGCUACGCCACCUUCAUAACAUUCAUGGUCAUAUAUGUCUCCGAACGCGCAGUAUACGAGGCAAUGCAGCUAUCAAUACAGUGCAUGCACCAGAAACUUGUAUUCACUGCGUUUGGACUCUACGAACUGAAUUAUGCGACAUUGCACAAUUUAUGCCGUUCUGUCUGCACCUACUUGAUCAUACUUCUGCAGUUUGUAACAGACGCGAAAGCUAUUGAUAUGAAUGAGACCACCCAGAAGAAGGUCUACCGACGUAAGGGAGAGCGUUUCGCACAAUGCUGCUUUGAAGAGAGGGUUGCUUAUGGCGGAGGCUCAAGGACUGUCUGGGGCGGUAUAUCCGCGAGCGGCAAAACUCAACUUGAGGUUGUUACAGGACCACGGCUGCCAACAUUAAAUGCUGAAAGGUACAUUCGUGAGUGCUUAGGACCUCACGUGAUACCAUACGCGGACUAUGUGGGCCCAAAUUUCCUUUUUAUGCAUGAUAAUGCAAGAGCCCAAGCGGCCGGCAUCGUCAGGGAAUAUCUUCGGGAUGUGAAUAUCACAGUUAUGGACUGGCCAGCCAGAAGCCCAGACAUGAACACCAUUGAGCACAUGUGGGACGAGCUAAAAAGACGUGUUAGGGCUCGUCAGCCAGUUGCCCAGACGAUGCAGGAGUUGAAAACUGCCAUAGAAGAGGAAUGGGAGAUGAUUCCUCAAAACUUCAUAGAGCGGUUGAUAAACUCUAUGUCUAAUCGUAUGAGAGCUGUGGUGCAUGCCCAUGGAGGCAACACACGUUAUUAA